AUGGGCACUGUUUUUCUCCUGAAUCUCUCGUUACUCUAUGGUUUUUUAUCAUCCUACACUUUGUGCACUGAUCAGUUAAAUGACUUAAGAUUGGAGAAGGAAUUUGCUGCAGUGAAUAUCUCUGAUCCCGAGUUCUGUUCAGACUUAAUAAAUGGUGCUCAAUCAUUUGGUAUUCGUGAAGCUCAUAAUCAAGCCCCAAAUGGUGUUUGCCUUGACAAAAUUGGAAAUGGAUCUUACAUCGGCAUGACUCCACAUCCUGAUGGCUCUAACCGUGUCUUUUUGUGGAAUCAACAAGGUAAAGUAUGGAUUGCCAAUGUUCCCGAGGGUGAAUCUAAUGGAGUAUUGGAGCUUGAUGAAUCCAAGCCCUUUCUAGAUAUAACUGAUCAGGUGCUUUUUGGUACCCAAUAUGGGUUAUUGGGAAUGGAAUUCCAUCCUAAUUUUGUGAAUAAUGGUCGUUUCUUCGUUUCAUACAAUUGUGAUAAGUUGCAACACUCAGGAUGUUCGGGCAGAUGCUCAUGUAACUCGGAAGUUUAUUGUGAUCCAGCAACACUUCCAGUAGAGAGUGGCAUUGAGCCAUGUCAGUAUCAAACUGUGGUAGCAGAGUUCACAGCAAAUGGUACUACAUCAACACCUUCCAUGGCAGAAGUUGCUAGUCCAUUAGAAGUGAGGAGGAUAUUUACAAUGGGACUUCCGGAUAGGGGAGUUCAUGGAGGGCAGAUUCUCUUUGGCCCUGCGGAUGGGUUUUUGUAUGUUAUGACUGGAAUUGGUACACAUCGAGGGGAUCCUUACAAUUUUGCACAAAACAAGAGAUCAUUGCUCGGAAAGAUCUUGAGGAUUGAUGUGGAUCAAAGAAAUGAAGCGCACAUUCAAGGGCUUUGGGGAAACUACUCCAUACCAAGAGAUAAUCCGUACAACAAUGACAAGCAAUUAGCGCCUGAAAUCUGGGCGUUGGGUCUUAGAAAUCCUUGGCGUUGUAGUUUCGAUUCAGAAAGACCUUCCUACUUCCUUUGUGGAGAUGCUGGACAGGACCAGUACGAAGAGAUUGAUAUGAUAACAAAGGGUGGAAACUAUGGUUGGUCUAUCUACGAAGGCCCUUUUCCCUACAAAACAAGCAAUGCCACAAAAGAAAGCACUUGGUCUAGCUCCAAUAGUCUCAUAUUCCCAGUCAUGGGAUACAACCACUCUGAAGCUGAUAAGGCAAUUGGUUCAGCUUCCAUAACUGGUGGCUACUUCUAUAGGUCUCACACUGAUCCCUGUCUGUAUGGAAGGUUUGCAUCUUUUUCUUUGCUAACAAACUUGAUAAUUCGGUACAUCAGCUCAACAUUAUUUCCAAUCAAACUUUCAGGUACUUGUACAUAGACUUGUAUCCAGAUGGAAUAUGGUCAGGUACUGAAAAUCCUGAAAAUAGUAGAAGUUUCACAAGUUCAAAAAUCCCUUACAGGUGCGCGCAAGAUUCUCCAAUACAUUGUGAAUCAAUUGCAGAGGAUGUUGUGCCUGAUAUAGGAUACGUUGCAUCCUUAGGGGAAGAUAAUAAAAAGGACAUUCAUAUACUGACAACCACCGGUGUCUACAGAGUUGCACCUCCAAGUAGGUGUAAUUAUCAUUGUCCCAAAGAAAGAAUUGUAGCUAGUAAACCACCACCUUCUCCUCCUGUUUCCUUCUCUGGAAAAUUAUGGGACAGUGCAAAACUCUUUGCUCUUCUAAUUUCGUCCAUGAUGCUGCUUUUGUUGAGUCUUGUGUAAUGGGAUAUGCAACUAAGAGUUGCAAAAAAGCAAACUGAACUUUAUUUAAGACGAACAAAAUUGGUUUUUUAUUUAUGUUUA